AUGUCUGACCGUAUUUCCCGCCAGUGGGUUGAAUAUAUCGCGGACUUCGUGAAUGCGGGUCCUCUUUGGGACCAUUCAGACGGAAAUUUGAGUGGCAAAGAAGGCAGCAAGCUCGCCCCACGGCAAAACCCGCUGUUGUCAUCUGGCGAUCUCAUGCCUUUACUUUACCCUGAUAGUCCAUCAGCCAUCACCCAAGCUGAGGAUGCUUUCACGUGA